AUCUGUCAUGAUGUUGCCAUUUUUUGUCAUUUUCAUUUCAUUUUACCCAUGAUUUUAUUUAUUUCAGCGAAUUCGGGCGUAAAUGAAAUUCAGUCUUCAGUUUUACAACUACAGCACCUAACUGUUUUGAAUAAACGAUUUCUUCAAUGUCCGAGGUACUCUUCUAAUUUGCUUCUCCAUUCAUUAAUCAUAGUCGCCGACAGACUACUUGAAGCGCUUUCUUUCCGAUCACAAAACAACAAAUUUCCUCGCUUCAGUGUCGAUGGGAUCAUUGGCCUGUACGUUUCCGAUAAAGACGGUGUUAUCAUGGCUAGUGUUUCAUCAGAGGACAUGCCAGAUCAAGCAAUACAGCCGUACGUAGCCACCACAUUCCUCAGCUCAAUCCAGCAAUCAAGCAAGUUGGAAAUGGGAGCGUUAGAAUGGAUGGUUACACGUUAUGAGUACAUGGUGAUAUGUCAAUUCAACUACGCGACUGCCCGACCACCACUGCCCCUUUUUCUAACCAUUGUUGGAUCAAAUAACUGUGAUUUGGGUGACGUAGAACCCUGGACGGUGACCAUGGGACUGCCUACGGCUUCGAAUGUUUGUGACUGCGUAUGCUCUCUCAAGCGCCACCGAGCCUCUGGUCCGGAUGACCUCCCAUCCGCAUUAUUCAAAGAUGUGGAUGAAGUCCUCAGUCAGUACUUGUCUGACCUAUACACCUGUAUUUGGGGAAAGGAGUCUGUUCCAGACAACUGGUAUGUGGUCACCUUCCCUACACAACGUACUACUCACAAGGAUAAUGACAGUACAGCUGUAACACCCUUUCGGUGCCUAGCUGCUAUGUCACCCGAAGGAAGCACGAUGGUUGGAAUACUGCCAGGUUGCCCAAGCCUAGACAGAAGUCUAGAUACAGAGGUUGGUUUCGAAACACUGACCUUCCGGUCUGUAAAUUCGCGCUCUGACCACUUCCAUCUCGCCCAUACUACUCAAAGUUGCUGGAAAGUUCACCAUCCCAUGUCAACGAAACAUACCGUGAUAUCUCGAAUAUCAUACCAACUUAAACAUGAGUUGGUCUUUGUGCGGUAA